GUUGGGGUUCAUAUGGCGGACAAAGAGUAGCGAGUUUCCAGUCGACAUGUGUACCACGGAUUGCGCUUGUUGCCCGGCCACCCACAUCAAGCGGCACUGUACACUACUUUCCACUAAGCUAGCAGCAGCCUAUACCGUCCAUUUAUCGCUUCAAAUAUGAGCAGCACCCAGCGGUCCGUCUCGAGGACUGCCCCGCAAACUGUCAAUAUGUCUUCCCCAAGCGCAUCGUCAGAGGAAGCAGCUCGCCGCCAGGCGGAAGCGCGCGCCGCCGUCACAGCAUCUUUGGCGUCUGUAGGCGCGUCUGUCGACAAUGAGAUGCGCACGCGGACAGCGGAUCUGAAUACCAACUCGGUAGCAAUAACUAAGCAGGAGAAGGAACUGGCAAAGCAGACAGCGGUGCUGGCCAAACAGCGGGCCGAGUGGGACAAGCUGUUGCAGGGAGGCACCAAGAAACUGAACGAGGUGGGAGAUAUACAGAACUGGGCAGAGAUGAUUGAGCGAGACUUACUGGUACUGGAAGAGACGAUGAGGCUAGUUGAUGGAGAAGGAGACGGUGGGAGGGAGGAGUCUGCGAGCGGGACGCGCAGGUGGUAAGUACGGGAUGGUGGUACUCACGUAUCAUGUAUGGGCACCCUGACGGGAGAUGGGAGAUGUUGCAGUUGGGUAGGCGGUGUUUUCAUGAACCUACUGGCUAUGACUUCUACUGAGAUACAUAAAUGUUGUCGUUUUUUUUGGCUAUGAAGUCAUGGAUGGUGCAAUAGUAGCUCUGUGUUAUGUACGGAUGUCGUCAUGGCCAGGUUGGGGUGAUGAUGUGGGGUUCUUUGAUUGUAGUGUGAAGCCGUGGUCGCUUUGGAGGCGUAGUCGUGAGCGAUAGACACUGGCAACGCAAGUACCUUUCAAGUAUAUUCCAUGGGCGUCUAUAGGUCCGGACGAACAGGACCGUCUCUCUAGAUAGUCACGGAGGGCAGGGAGUUGUUGUGGGAUGCUCCACGCUCGGAUCAGUGGGGGGCUCGGGCGGGCUACAAGGGAG